AGAACGGAUCACCGGAUCGGAGCGGCGACGUCACCAAAAGAUACGCCACCAUAUCACCAUGGACGAGGAUGACAACCUGUCCAAUGCCGACAUCAGCAUCGAUGACGAGGAGGCGGCGGAGGAGCGCCCGCAGGAUGCGGCCAUGCAGCAGGAUCAGCAGGAGGAUGACGAGUCCUCCGAUGUGGAUCUCUCCUCGGUCUACGUCCUCCCGCCCAUAGUCUCCUCCAUGCCAGCAGUGCGCAUCAGUGGAGGAACCACCACCACGACCACCAGUGCAGCUGCAGCUCCAGCCACCGCCGCCGAUAACUCGCAUUCCCCCUUCCACGACUGGGAUUCCAGUGUGGCGGCCGCUGCUCCUCCGCCACCGCCGCCCAGGGGAGCAACUGCAGCGGCGGCAUCUAGUUCGGAAUCUGGAGCAGCAGGAGCAUCUGGAGGAGCAUCUGGACCAGGAGCAGCAGCCAGCGAUGCCGGGGCCAAGCCGAGCUUCUUCUUCGGCGCCUCCUCCUUCAGCCUGCGCAGCCGCAAGGAGGUGGCCGCCCUGAUCAACACCGAAUGCUGCCGUGGCAGCCCCACGCCCGAUCUCGACUCCAUCAUGGACACCCUCUUCAAUCCGGGCACGCCCAUCGACAAUCUGGACAACAUCGAGUGGAUUCGAUGGCUCAUUGCCGGCGGACGGACGCCGCAGGAAUUUGUUAAAAUUGUGCGCAGCUAUGACAACCACGCCAAGUGCGGACUGGUGUGGGUGCCCCAUGUGGUGGCCUACAGGUGCCGCACCUGCGGCAUCUCGCCCUGCAUGUCGAUAUGCCGGGACUGCUUCAAGAAGGGCAACCACACAAACCACGACUUCAAUAUGUUCCUGUCGCAGGCGGGCGGUGCCUGCGAUUGUGGCGACACCUCGGUCAUGAAGGCGGAGGGCUUCUGCAGCGAUCAUGGAAUCAACAACCGGGUCAACCGAGAUCCCGUGCCCAAUAAUCUGUUGGCGGUGGCCGAGGCCAUUAUGCCCAAGCUCCUGUUCCGCCUGCUGCAGCACUUCCGCGAGCACAGCGACACCGCGCUGCAGGUGCACGCGAUGACCUCGUACUCGUGCGAGGAGUUCGCCAACAUGCUGAUCGAUCUGAACAACAUGGGCGAGAUAAUGCGCAAGGUGAUGACGCGCACGCUGAUCAAUCCGGAGGUCUACGCCUAUUUCAUGGAGGCACCAUGCCAGGACACACGGAACGGACGAUUCCUGAAGGCAAAUCGGGAGAAGUACGAGGAUGCCGUCAACAGAUUCCCCAACCCAGAGCCACCCGAUGAGUACAGGGAUCUGCCGGCGCUGGGAGACAAGCUGGUGCACACCACGCUCCUCGAGGAGUUCAUCUUCUGGACAUUCAAGUUCGAGUUCCCACAGACGCUGGUCUGUUUCCUGCUCAACAUGCUGCCCGAUCAGGAUUACAAGGAACACCUCACCCGCACAUUUGUGAUGCACUACAGUCGCAUACCGUCGGUGCUGGAAAUGUCCCGCGAUCCCGACACGCUCAGCAACCGCGUGGUCCACAUGAGCGUCCAGCUCUUCUCCAACGAAAGUCUGGCCCUCAAGAUGGUCAACGAGUUGUCGCUGCUGCACGUGAUGAUCAUCAGUCUCAAGCUGAUGAUGUCCAAGAUACUCAUACAGAAUACGCUGCAUGAUCCCAGCAAGAAUUUCCACUUUGUCAUCGACUGCACGCGUCAGGUGAUGAAGGACCACUGCUACUGGCCGCUAGUCUCCGACUUCAACAACGUCCUAUCGCACGAAUCGGUGGCCCUGGUCUUUUUGCGGGACGACAACCUGAUCGACAUGUGGUUCCAGUUUCUGCAGAUGCUCCAGGGCAUGAAUGUCAAUGUGCGGGAGACGGCUUCCCAUGUGGAAUUCGAGCCGAAUAGCUAUUAUGCCGCGUUCUCCUGCGAACUGGAGGCCAGCGCCUAUCCCAUGUGGUCGAUUAUCUCGCACCUGCAGGACGGAACGCAUGCCCACCUGGCCAAGAAGAUCAUCAACUACUGUGUGACGACGCUGCACGAGUGGCUGGACUCUAUUUACUUCAUGGAGGCGCGUCUAUCGAUGGAGGAGAUGAUGCAGGCCUCGUUCCACUUUCCACUGCAUCGGUAUCUGGCCGCCUUCGUCUGCCAGGCGGUCACCAAAAUGGGCAUAAGUCUGAACGACGUGCUGCCCUCGCGGCCUUAUCUCCUGCCCCUCCUGAUGAUCCAUCCGCUGCGUGUCCAGAGUUUCUUCUACGAGAUCCUGGCCGGCAAAUGGGUGCGCAACGGACUGCAGAUCAAGGGCCAGGCGAUGACGUACAUCCAGGCGAACUUCUGCAACUCGAUGGCGGACAUGGACCUGUUCUUCCUGCAGAUCUGCGCCACCAACCUGCCGCAGUACUUCUUCCUGCAGAACACCAUCGAGCUCUUCGACGUGGGCCAGUGGCUGGAGACGGCGCCGCUGAAGCAGCCGCAGAAGGCGGAGCAGUCCUCGAUGCUCGAGGGCUUCCUCACCUUCCUGGCCACCUUGGUGACGAGUCGCACGAACCUGGGCAACGACGAGGCCACCCAGUGCAUCAUCGAGAUCAGCGCCCUGCUGGCCACCGAGAACAAGACGCAUUCGCAGCUCCUCGAGCUGAUGCCCGAGCGAUCGGGCAAUGUGCACACCAAGAACUUUGAGACCUUCCUGAAGAAGCUCUCCGUCUACAAGGCUCCGUCGAGUGGGAGCGAGAACCUGGAGCAGGGUCUCUUCACGCCCAUCGACGAGGUGUGGGAGAAGCACUACGAUCCGCUUCACGUCCUCCUGCGAGCGGUCCAUCGGCGGGACUUCCAAUCCUCGCUGGAUCGCUUCACCAACUAUGUGAAGAGCAAAGAGAAGAUGCCGGCGAGUGGAAAUCUCUGGCCACCGUUCCGCCUGCCGCAGGCUCUGCCCGCCACCAGCUCGUUCAGUGAUCCCUGCAAGAUUCUCAACUCGCGCGUCUUUCACUCCACCAUUCUGUCGAUAUUUUUCCGUGCCGUUCACACGCGUGAUGUUUCGGAACAUCUGCUUGCAUUGGCCGUAUUUCUACUGGAGAUUGCCGUGGAGACGAGUGACGAUGUGGGCAGUGGUCCCGGUGAUCGUGCUCCGCCUGCCCUGGCUGCCAUGGUGGAGUCGUCGGGCGGACCGGGCUACCAUGGCUACGGUUCGGGUCGCCAGGAGCCGCCCAAGUUGUUCCAAUGCUAUCCCACGGACAAUCUCAGCUGCAAUCUGCGGCAUGUGGUCAAGAAGGUGUCGCUCAAGUCACGCGAUCCGCAGGUGAUCACCUCGAGCUAUCGCUCCAAUCCGUUCUACUCGGAUCUGGACUUUGAUGUCGAGGCGGAUCCAGAGUCGCAAUCGAUGCGCAUGAUAGGCCACGUGGACUCCGAGGGAGAUGAGGCCACCGGCGGUGGCGGUGGUGGUGGUGGCGUCGCUAAUCUGGGACCGGGAACCCUCAGUCGCAGGAAUGUCUCGCAGGCUUUGGUGCCGAUGCGUGUGCCUGGCAUGGAGGUGGCUCUGCCGCCAGAUCUUUCCGUGGUCGCCGAAACGGGCGUGGUGAUCCGGCAGGACAGCAAUGACGAUGAGCUGCUGCGCGAGGGCGAUCAUGCCAUGGACAUGAGUCCGGCGGCAGCCCUCGAUUUCCAUUUCCCGCUGCAGCAGAUUACGCUGCCCGAAAGCGGAAUGGAGGUGGCCAUUCGGCGGGAUCUUCUCCUCGCCGAGACCAAUAAUAUGGGGGCCAUCGGAGGGGGAGGCGGAGGCGGAGGAGCCAAUCCUUCGGCCACAACACCCGGCGUGGCCUCCAACGAGAUGUUCUCACCCACCACGCCCACGGGCAGCGGUAUGCUGCUGCCCUUCCAGCGGGUUCAGCCCGUCGCGGUGCCCUCAAGUAGCGUCAACAUGGACAUUGUGCCCUCGAAUGCCCUGGGCGCCGGCGGAAGCUUCACCUCGGGCGUGAGUGGCGGCGGCGGCGGCACGGGACGCAGGAUGAACUACGAGACGGGCGGAGCGCGCAAGCGAUCGGUGGACAUUGCCAUCGGCGGGAGCAACAAGGAUGAGUUGCAUUUGGACGAGAGCAUUCUGUCGCUGCUGCUCAAGCUGCAUUCCCAGCUCUCGGGCACCCUGGAUAGCUUCUCGCUGAGCGACGGCGAGGAGCAGUCGCAGUCUGGCGAGGAUUCUUCCUCCAUGGAUGUGGACUGCAACGAGGCGAGCACCUCGAGCACCGCUUUGGCCGAACGAGGACGCAGCAGGCGCAAGAACUACAAGAACAUCCAUGUAUCCGCCUCGCGCAUCGGCGACGGGCCCUUCUUCAUUGGCAACCUGCUGCGCAAGAUAGCCAAGCAGGAUGAGCAGUGCGCCCUCAGCAUCGACGACAUCCGGGCGAGACUCUGGCCCAAUCAGCGCGAGCGGCAGGCGGAGGCGAAGGCGCGCGAGACCAAGGAGAAGGAGGAGCGACGCAAGAAGGCGCGCGAGCGACAGCAGAAGAUGAUGCAGGACUUUGCCAACAAGCAGAAGCAGUUCAUGCAGUCCGCCGCCGCGGCGGCCAGCAGCAUGGACUACGGGCCGGAGGACGAGGAUGACGAGGAGCUGCUGUACGAGGAGCAGCCGCGCGAGAAGGAGUACGAUUGCAUCAUCUGCAAUUGCACAACGCCGAGCACCGAAUCGAAUCCCAUCGGCCUGGUGGUGCUGGUCGAGUCCAGCGGCAUUGUGGGCCAUCGGCGGCGGAUCGCCGAGCGACUGCCGCUGCCGCUGAAUGUGGAGGAUGAGGAUCGGCUGAGGCACAGCACCCGACUGGCCGCCGAGUUUGGUCGGCGCACCGAGCUGCUGAGCCUCAAGUUCGGCGACGAGUCGUGGUAUCUGUCGAACAAUAUGGCCUACGACAAUGGGGUGCAUGUGCAGUCGUGCGGCCACCACGUUCAUCUCAGCUGCCUGGAGGCGUACCUCAAGACGCUGUACACCACCCAGCGGCAGCCGGUGCAGGAUCGCGGCGAGUUCUACUGUCCCGUCUGCCGGCAGCUUUCCAAUUCGGUGCUGCCGCUCAGUCCGCAGCUGGACAGGCCCACGCACAUUGUGCGAUCGGGCAAUCAGCCCUUCGAGCGCCUCGUCGCCGACCUCACCGAUCUGAUCAAGGAGAACGAAACGAUACCGCAGCCCACAAAACUAACCGAGGCCAUGGGCCAUGCCAUGGAGGUGAUGACCAACAUAGCCCAGCGCAAGGUCAAGUACGCCUCGAUCACGUUCCGCAAGCUGUUCAUCUUCGUCACCUCGAUAGCGCGCACGAAUCUCGAGGCGGAGAUCAUCCAGCGGGGCGGCUCGCUCUGCUCGGCGAACGCGACGCGCUACAAGCCGAAGCGGGACUGCAUUGUGCCGCUGCUGCACGUGCUUUCAGUGCAUGUGCGCGUCCUGGUCGAGUGGCCGCUGUGGAGCAGCUGGGCCUCGCUGGCCGGCCUGCCGGUGAGCGAAACGGAGCCGCUGCCGGCGCACUGCCUCGAGCUGAUUCCCAGCCUACUGGCCGAUCCCAUUGCGCUGCUGCUCAAGUUUAUUCUGCUGGCUCCGCUCCACUUGGAUCAGGACUACUUCACUUGCAUGGUGAAGGUGAUGUACAACCUGCUGUACUACCAGAUUGUCGUCCAGCUGUGCGUCACGCUCACCGACCUGGAGUGCGAUCACAUUCUCAAAGUUUACGGCAGCAGUGGCGCUGAAUCGCAGCCAGAAUCCGCUGCCGGAGCCUCGGGCAGCUCGUACAAUCGUCGCCGUGCUGGCAGCCAGCAGCAGAGCUCCUCGCAGCUGGGCAAGGCCAUGGCCCUGGUGCUCAGCCAGACCAACGAGCUGGCUCACCUGCGACGGGAUUGCAUACCCAGCACCAGCAGCUCGGCGGCGGCAGCAGCGGCAGCUGGCUCAUCCUCCGCCUCGGCAACAGCUACCUCCUCCUCCUCCGCAUCCUCCUCGCCGCACGAGGUCAACCUCAAGUCCAUGGAGCUGCAGCUGCAGUCGCUUUGCCUGCCUUUCCUGCGCGUGGCCGCCCUGCUGCGCCAGCAUCUCUAUCGCCACGAGAUGCCAGAGAUCUCGGCGCCUGGGCUGGAGUUUGUGCGUCUGGUCUACUACUUGGAACUGGUCACCGAUUCGAUGGACUGGGAUUGCUUCAAUGCCAGCAAGGGACUGUGCUUCAUACCCGGCACCGAGCAAACGCUGCCGCAGUUCUGGUGCCAGCAGCUAAUGGAAGUGCGUCCGCCGGCGGAUACGGUCAGGGAAUUGGUGCUCAUCAAUCAGCACUCGCUGUGGCAGCAGCCGCGACUUCUUGAGCUGCCGCGCGAGUACGAACGCUUGUUCACGUACUACCACGAACGACCGUGCCUCAACUGCUACAAAGUGCCCAAGGAGAGCUCCAUCUGCCUGCUGUGCGGGACGAUCGUGUGCCUCAAGCAGAACUGCUGUGCGGAGAACGACUGCUGCGAGGCUGUGCGGCAUACGCUUUCGUGUGGCGGCGGCAUUGGCAUCUUCUUGGUGGUCACCUCCACGUACAUCAUCGUUAUCCGCGGACGACGAGCCUGCCUCUGGGGUUCACUCUAUCUGGACGACUUUGAUGAGGAGGAUCGCGAUCUCAAGCGCGGCAAGCCUUUGUAUUUGAGCCAAGAUCGCUUCAACCUGCUCGAGUCGCAGUGGCUGUCCCAUAAGUUUGCUCACACAAAACACACCUGGGUGUUCCACCGGGAUCUCUUGUGAAAUAUGGAAGAUCUACUGCGCAGCAUCCAGGAGUUGGUUGGCCAGAUCUGAGAUGCCCGAUGGGAUGCCCGGCCGCUCCUCGCCUAGUCGAACCAGUCAACCACCCGCAACUGACACAAAUCCAAAAUCCCACACCCCUUUUGUCCCCUUAUUUUAAGCGAGUUUCGCUGUUGUUUCGGAGCUUCUUGACGCGGAGGAGGAGUAGUAGGACACCCGACCACGUUCUGUCCGCUUUCCCUUUGGGUAUCCAAGUCCGUAUACGCAUCCGCAUCCCUCCCCCAACACACAGCCCCCAACGCACCUAGAAGCAACAUCGGCAAUUUGCAAUUAAUUGAUAUUACACACACAUUUUUAUAUAUAAACAAUACUUAUAAAUAUGGAUGCAAAACGAAAAACCACAGCUAAAAGAUUAUUUCUUGUUCAACUGAGAAGCGCGCCUAAUAAUCCAAAAUCCGACUAAUCUCGCGAGGAUCAUGAAUAUUUAACAAGCUAUAAAUAUUUAAAUAUGCACCCGAAGACGAAGAAUAAAACCCGAAGAUAAAUCGAAAUUUAAGCACCGCGCGGGUCUCUCUAGUUGCGUUCUACCUAAACUAAGUCUUAAGUCCCUAACUUUAUAGGUUUUUUUUUUUAGGAAAACAAAGGCAAGAAGGAAAAUAACAAUUUAACGAAUGUAACACAACACACACGAUAUAAAUAACAAUUGUCUACUUUGGCCUCAUGAGUUUGUGCAUGUAAAAAAUGAAAAAAACGAUUAUAUAGUUAAUAUAUAUAAAUACAAUAUACACUAAAAUUAAUGCUACAAAAACGACAAAAAAAAAAUAUUUAAAAAAAAAACCAAUAAACGAAAAGCGAAUUGUGAAAUGCGUA